AUGUUCGGCAUCUUGAAAGAUUACCGAAUGAGACUUAACCCGACGAAGUGCGCCUUCGGCGUAUCUUCUGGGAGAUUCCUCGGUUUCAUGAUCAGCCAGAGGGGCAUCGAGGCUAACCCCGACAAAAUCAAGGCCAUAAUCGACAUGGAGGUACCGAAGACACAGAAGGACAUCCAGAGCCUUACCGGACGAGUGGCAGCCCUCACUCGCUUCAUCUCAAAAGCCACAGACAAAUGUGCACCGUUGUUCAAAGCCUUGAAAGGGGGCAAACACCAUAUAGAGUGGACUGCCGAAUGCGACAAGGCGUUUCAAGACUUGAAGGACUAUAUGGGCAGAGCACCGCUACUUUCCAAACCCAUCCCUGGGGAAAUACUCUCCUUAUAUCUAUCGGUAUCUGACACUGCCGUCAGCUCAGUACUGAUACGGAACCCUGAGAAGGCGGAGCUAUCGAUUUUUUACGUCAGUAAGGCCCUUCAGGGGGCCGAGUCUCGGUACCCCCCACUCGAGCAGUUGGCUUUGGCCCUGGUCGUUUCUGCCCGGCGGUUGAGGCCCUAUUUUCAGGCCCACACCAUCAUCGUUCUGACCAACCAGCCCCUUCGGCAGGUUUUUCAAAAACCAGAAACAUCCGGCAGGCUGGUGAAAUGGGCGAUCGAGUUGGGAGAGUUCGACGUACAGUUCAAACCCAGACCUGCGGAGAAGGGACAAGCCGUGGCAGACUUCAUCGCUGAACUGACACCUUCGGAUGCUUUUGAACCUAAGAAAACCCCUCCACAGGAAGGCCUACCGAACGGCAGUCGUCUCGACCAGUCAACUCCUUUCUGGAUCCUACACGUUGAUGGCUCGGCAAACCAACAAGGGUGCGGAGCCGGUCUGGUGCUCACCGCUCCCGAUGGAGCCAAAAUUGAAUAUGCCAUCAGGUUUGGCUUCCGAACGUCCAACAACGAAGCCGAAUACGAGGCACUUUUGGCCGGCCUACGGCUCGCCAGAAGCAUGGGGGCCAUUCAGAUCAGCAUCUACAGUGACUCGCAGCUAAUAGUGAACCAGGUGACUGCUAAUUUCGCAGCAAAGGACGCAUCAAUGACGGCGUACCUCACGGCAGCACACCAACUGCUAAAGAAGUUCCAAGCGUACGAAAUUCGGCAAAUACCAAGAAACGAGAACAGUCAUGCCGACGCCCUCGCUAGACGCAACAACACAUGGAUGUCGCCUAUUCAUGCUUACCUAACAAACGGCACCCUCCCUGAAGACAAGGCCAAGGCCAGACAGCUGCGUUACCGCUCGACAAGGUACAUUGUCAUCAACGACAUUCUGUACAAACGUGGCUACUCGACCCCCUACAUGAAAUGUAUCACCGAAGAGCAGGGUGAAUAUGUCCUUCGGGAGAUCCACAGUGGUGUCUGCGGCGAUCAUUCCGGUUCUAGAUCCCUAUGGGGACUUGACCUAAUCGGACCAAUGCCGCAAGGCAAAGGACAGGUCAAAUAUGCGAUCGUUGUCGUGGACUACUUAACGAAAUGGGUUGAGGCUGAAGCCCUAGCCACCAUAACAGCAGCGAGGGUCGAGGAAUUUGUCUGGACCAACAUCUGUUGCCGCUUCGGCAUCCCCUACGCCAUCAUCACUGAUAACGGCAGACAGUUCGAUUCGGAGCUCUUCAGUGCCAAGGGCGCUUGGCCGGAGAAGCUUCCCGAAGCUCUGUGGGCCAUACGAACAUCUUACCGAACCUCCACAGGGGAAACUCCCUUCAUCCUUGCAUUCGGCUCAGAGGCCGUUGUCCCAGUUGAGAUCGGUGAGUCUUCUUACCGAACGGAAAGCUUUGAGCCAAAGGCUAACGAGGCGGCACUCGCGUUGAGCCUGGAUUUAAUCGAGGAACGCCGAACGGUAGCCAACCUUCGGAACGAAGCUUACAAACAGCGCGUCUCUCGGUACUACGACUCAAGGGUCAAAUCGCGCUCCUUCAGAAUCGGGGACUGGGUCAUGCGCAUGGUUUCGCUUGCAACCAAAAACCCAACGGAAGGAACCCUCGGACCUUCCUGGGAAGGACCCUAUGAAGUCAUCGGCAUCCUUCGAUCCGGCACCUACAAGCUCCGAGGCACAGAUGGGAAGACCCUCGGUCACCCAUGGAAUGUGGACCAUCUCAAGAGUUAUUUUAAAUAA